AUGGCUGCGGUGAGCCCUGCCAGGUCGGGCGUGUCGCCAUCCAGCUCUCCAAGACUUCCUUCACCUCCGCCCAUCCCCGAAGUCCAGUUUGGCCCGCAAAGCCCCGGCAUGGGCGACAUAUCGAAAGAACUGUCUCUCGACGCUACUUCGAAACCAGAUGAGGGAGCUGCGCGGCGGAUAAGACCAGGCACGAAGGCUGCCGAAAUGGCAAUGGGACCUCCUCUAGUACCGCUGAGCCAGUUGGAUUCCCCGUUCCAAUUACAGGAGCAUCUCAAGUCACUCUAUUCACACUUUACACAUAAUCCAGGAUCGACGCACACCAUUCCGAUAUCGAGAGAGGCGGCUGUCGCGCUGGCCACUCCGCCUCAGAUCAACGAAACCGAAACCGUGGACAGAAAUCUGUGGCUCUACGAACUUUGCCGAUUCUUGACACAGAAGGCCAACAUCGUCUCCAUCUUCCUGAUGAACGAUAAUCCACCCUGCUCUGCCUUGACAUGCCAGGAAAUGCGAGCGAGCGAGUGGCAGUAUCUCUGUGCUGUGCAUGAGCCCCCCAAAUCCUGCUGCGCGAUUGAUUACUGCAAUCACACGCUCGACUGGGCGGCCAAUGUGCUGACAAGUCCCAAGCAUUUCCCGUCGAGGCUGGCGCUGGGUGGCGAAGCUGGAGGCGCGAUUCAAAGCAUGCGGCAACUGACAAACAUCUUCCGGCGAGUAUACCGCAUAUUUGCUCACGCCUGGUUCCAGCAUCGGGACGUGUUCUGGUCAAUCGAGGCUACGUACGGGCUGUAUAUGCUUUUCAAGGUUGUUUGCGACGAGUUUCACCUCAUACCAGAAGAUAGCUAUACGAUUCCCCCAGAUGCAGAGGAUGGCCGGGAACCCAUCGACGAAGCCGAGAGAGACAGAGACGUAGAGCGAGCUUCUGCCCCGGCUGUCGGGUCGCGGGUACAGAUUCUGCGCAAGGAUGUCGCUCCCUUGUCGGGGACAGGGACACCGUCAGAAGAUCCCGCCACUUUGCCUUCAUCAUCAGAGGACGCAGCGGCAGGGACGACAACAACAGUCAGCACGGCGGCAACGGCACGCCGCCACCGACAUACUCCCAGCACAGGCAGCCAUGUUGCCACCAUCACCGAGCAACACGAGGACGAAGAAGAAGUGACCAGCGCCAUCGUCGUACCGAAAGCUAGCUCUCAUCCGUUUACCAUGACUUCCGGCACCAGCCGCAACGAAGUGUCGUCUGAGUCAAGGUCACCGCCAAAGCAGAAGCCAGAUCUCCAUGCCGAUAAUAAUGCCGGACAGGGGCAGUUUCCAAAGCUAGAUAUUGCGUCAACAGUUCCCCGCUAUGAGCCACGUGCCCCUGCCGACCCUACUCCCACAGGCACAGCCGAGGACAUCGAUCCCCUUUCCGCAAGCACACAGCAGCCCACACCUACACUUUCUUCUGAGGAGACGGAAGAAGAGCCAGCCAGGCAUGAGCAUGCAGCACCAGCGGCUGAGGAAGACCACGCGCAAGCAGACGAUCACGGCCAGACAGAGGUAGAGGCAGAGGCACAGGAACAAGAUAAAGAACAGGAGGAAGAAGUGACUUCACCCUCAGGUGGAAGUAUCCGUACCGGGGGCCCUGAUGUUCUCAAAGCCAUCCUUGGCCACAUCAGCGACGAUGGCAAGCAGGAAGGAUCACAAUCACAACCAGAGGCGAAAGAUAUCCAAAAGGCUGAAAAAUCGAUGAGUUCGAGUCCCCCAACACAGCAGGUUGCAAAGAGCGAGAGCUCAUCGGGUUCGGGGGCUCUCGAGGGCCAUAAUGCCGAACUUGGGACGCAACACUCGGAGAGUGAAAGCCAAAAAGACACAAAAAACGAAGAUGUGGCUAAGAAUGAUGAUGACCCGUCAGAAGCUCAGGACAGGGACAGACCUUCUGAUGAACAAGAGGCAGUGGAGGCGAAGACAGAUGAGUAA